CUAGCUCGCUCUGGCGGACCGAUCACGUGGCUCGGCCUGGGCGUGUCGUGCGGCUGCCUCCAAGGGGGGCUCCUGGGGACUGCUGUUGGUGUCAUGUGACCGCCGCCUGUCUACGAGGAGGAGGGGGUGACAGAAAGAUGGCGACGUGCGGGGGGCCGGUGUGCUGCUGCUGCUGCUGUGGGGACCGGGAGAGCCGCACCCCGGAGGAGCUGACUAUUUUGGGAGAGACGCGUGAGGAAGACGAGGAGAUCUUACCCCGUAAAGAUUAUGAAAGUUUGGACUAUGAUCGAUGCAUCAAUGACCCCUACCUGGAAGUGCUGGAAUCCAUUACCCAUAAGAAGUCCCGGCGGUACGAGGCGGUGCGAUGGAUCAUGGUGUUUGCCAUUGGCGUGUGCACAGGACUGGUCGGGCUCUUCGUGGAUUACUUUGUUCGCCUCUUUUCUCAGUUUAAGUUCAGAGUGGUACAAGGCUCUGUGGAGGACUGUACAGACCGCGGAUGCCUCGCGCUCUCUAUGCUGGAGCUUCUUGGAUUUAACUUGACUUUUGCCUUCAUUGCAACAUUAUUCGUCCUCAUACAGCCCAUAGCUGCUGGUUCUGGAAUUCCUGAGAUCAAGUGUUACCUGAAUGGGGUGAAGGUCCCAGGGGUGGUCCGGCUCAGGACGCUUGUCUGCAAAGCUCUGGGGGUCUUAUUCAGCGUGUCAGGAGGACUUUUUGUAGGAAAAGAAGGACCGAUGAUUCACAGCGGGGCCGUUGUGGGAGCGGGCCUUCCUCAGUUCCAGAGUAUUUCCUUCCAGAAGAUCCACUUCAACUUCCCUUAUUUCCGCAGCGACAGGGACAAGAGGGACUUUGUGUCCGCCGGAGCUGCUGCGGGGGUGGCUGCUGCCUUUGGUGCUCCUAUCGGGGGAACACUGUUCAGCUUGGAAGAAGGAUCAAGCUUCUGGAAUCAGGGACUGACUUGGAAAGUGCUAUUCUGCUCCAUGUCCGCCACAUUUACCUUGAAUUUCUUCCGAUCUGGGAUUCUGUUUUCAAGCUGGGGAUCGUUCCAGGUGCCUGGGCUGCUGAACUUCGGGGAGUUCAAGUGCUCGGACUCUGAUAGGAAGUGUCAUCUGUGGACGGUGCUGGAUUUGGCCUUCUUCAUUAUUAUGGGGGUGGUCGGGGGGCUGCUCGGAGCCACAUUUAACUGCUUGAAUAAGAGGCUGGCAAAAUACCGGAUGAAGAAUGUGCACCCCAAGCCUAAGCUUAUCAGAGUCUGUGAGAGUCUCUUAGUCUCUUUAGUCACCACCGUUGUUGUGUUUGUGUCAUCGAUGGUCCUGGGAGAAUGUCGGUCCCUGUCUCCCCAUAAUGACUGGAAUAACAGCUCCUCCGCCAUGCAGGUCUCCACAUCCGAUGACGUCAAUUCCAGCAUCAAAACGUUCUUCUGUCCCAACAACACCUACAACGACAUGGCUACGCUGUUUUUCAAUCCGCAGGAGUCGGCCAUCUUGCAGCUUUUCCACCAGGACGGCACUUUCAGUCCCAUCACUCUGUCUUUCUUCUGCUGUAUGUACUUCCUCCUGUCCUGCUGGACGUAUGGGAUGUCUGUUCCCAGCGGUCUCUUUGUCCCCUCCUUGCUCUGCGGGGCAGCCUUUGGUCGCUUGGUUGCUAACCUCCUGAAAAGUUACUUGGGGAUGACUCAUAUCUACUCUGGAACGUUUGCCCUGAUCGGAGCCGCCGCUUUCCUGGGCGGGGUGGUCCGGAUGACGAUCAGCCUCACGGUCAUCCUCAUCGAAUCCACCAACGAGAUCUCCUAUGGAUUGCCAAUAAUGAUCACCCUUAUGGUCGCCAAGUGGACCGGUGAUUUCUUCAACAAAGGCAUCUACGAUAUUCAUGUGGCGCUGAGAGGCGUCCCCCUACUGGAGUGGGAGACGGAGGAGGAGAUGGACAAAUUAAGAGCUUGUGAUAUCAUGGAGCCCAACCUGACAUACGUGUACCCUCACACUCGUAUCCAGUCCCUGGUCAGCAUCCUGCGCACGACCGCCCAUCACGCCUUCCCUGUGGUGACUGAGAACCGAGGAAACGAAAAGGAAUUCAUGAAGGGAAACCAGCUGAUCAGCAAUAACAUCAAGUACAAGAAGUCCAGUAUCCUGACCCGAGCCGGCGAGCAGCGGAAGAGGAGUCAGUCUAUGAAGUCUUACCCGUCCAGCGAAUUGCGGAACAUGUGCGAUGAGCAUCAGGUUGCCGAAGAACCGGUGGAGAAAGAGGAUAUGCUGCAGCAGAUGUUAGAGCGCAAGUACACCCCUUAUCCGAACCUGUAUCCUGACCAGUCACCUAGUGAGGAGUGGACCAUGGAGGAACGCUUCCGGCCCCUGACAUUCCACGGUGUCAUCCUACGUUCGCAGUUGGUCACAUUGUUAGUCAGGGGAGUCUGUUACUCGGAGACGCAGUCUAGUGCCAGCCAGCCGCGCCUCUCCCAUGCCGAUAUGUCGGAGGAUUACCCCCGCUACCCCGACAUCCAUGACGUCAACCUGACGCUCCUCAAUCCACGGAUGAUAGUGGAUGUCACGCCGUACAUGAACCCAUCCCCAUUCACAGUGUCGCCGAACACCCACGUCUCUCAGGUGUUUAACCUUUUCAGAACCAUGGGUAUCCGGCAUUUGCCAGUGGUCAAUGCUGUGGGAGAGAUAGUGGGAAUAAUAACGCGGCAUAAUUUAACCCAUGAAUUCCUACAAGCACGGCUGAGGCAGCACUACAUGACCUCCUGAUGUUACCUGUACUAGGAAUUUGUCAAAAGAAACUGGAACCCUGGUCCGGGUGGUCGAGCUUUCCAAAGACUCCUGCCAUAUUGAAGAUGGGUUCUUGUAAUCUCUCCAGCGCCGGCCCGCUUCAGCUCUCCUUUUUCGGCACCUUCAGUUACCUCCUUUAUAUAAAAGCUAAGAUCUUCUUUCUGUUACAUUCCGGCCUAUAGUCUGGGAGGACGUUACAAUUAGCAUGAGAACUAAUAUUCCAGUGUUAAAGGGACCCUAUAGCUGCUCAAUGUCUCCUCCAUCCUAUGUGUCUAUAUCUAUGGCUCAGAGCUUAUGGGGUUACUAUGGGUCCUAUAUGGAAGAUCUAGGGCAAGAAACAUCCUACACAUGUUAUGUAAACCAUCAAUCCCCCCACAGUGUCCAUUCCACAUACAAGACCAAGGGCCUUAGGUUGGUAAUAAGUGUCCAUGCAUCUGUAGCUACAAAACAGUUGCUUCCGACCAAUUGCCUCCCGUCACAUGGAUCAUAUUCAUAUUGGCACAAAAUGGCAAAUAGUCUGCAACCUGUGGCUCUCGAGCUGUUGCAAAACUACAACUCCCAGCAUGCCAUGUGUGUAUAAUAAAGCUCUAGUGAACCAGGAUUGUAAAGGACCAAGACAAGUCGGUGAUCUGCAGCCAGGAAGGUUCCAGCUAUUACAUCCUGCAUGCUGGUAGUUGUAGUUCCACAUCAGCUAAAGAGCGCUCUUUAGCUGAUGUAAUCGGUAGUUUCUAAAUUAGGGCCCUCCUGAUGUUUCACAACUACAACUCCCAUCAUGCCCUG